GAAGUGCCGGAUGAUUGACGUUUGGCGGCAGGGAGAUGAUUUGCUUCCUUGGAGCAGGACUGAGUUUGGAGCGGGUUCUGUGAAAUGUGUAAGCAUGAUGUUGGCUGGAUAAAUCAGCGGAGGACGUCAGGAACCAGAGAGCUGCAACCAGCCGAAGGAAAGUGAAGCAGGCGGGACAGCUACAACCUCAUGCGGCGGUCCGACUCUGACAAACAUGGGUGUUCUCCAGCUCAACAAUCCCACUCACUCCAGCACGCUCCUGCAGCGGGCCAACCAGAUGCGCCUGACUGGCACCCUGUGUGAUGUCAUCAUCACGGUGGACGGCCAGGAGUUCCCGGCCCACCGCACCGUCCUGGCCUGCACCAGCAAGAUGUUCGAGAUCUUGUUCCACCGCAGCAGCCUGCGCUACGCCCUGGACUUCCUGUCCCCGAAGACCUUCCAGCAGAUCCUCGAGUACGCCUACACCGCCUCGCUGCAGGCCACGGCCGAGGACCUGGACGACCUGCUGUACGCGGCAGAGAUCCUGGAGAUCGAGUACCUGGAGGAGCAGUGCCUGAAGGUGCUGGAGACCAUCCAGGCGGAGGAGAGCGAGGAGGUGGCUGUGAGGAACCACGGCUCGGGGAACCACAGUGACCAYGGCCGGGUCAGGCACUGGAGGCACAUGUUGAUGUCCAAGAAGCAUUCCAURCAGGACGGAAGCAACUGCACCACUCCCACCGCCCUGCACCACCUGGCUCUGUACCACAUGACAGAGAGGGGCUCUCCUGGUCCAGACCCUGAAGCAGCUCCAGAUCUGGAGGCUGAGGUCGACAUGGAGAGCUCCCAGCAGGCUCAGUGUCACAGUGAAGACGCGUCCCAGGACUCGUCUCUGGAUGCUGUCAGAAGCAUCAAGUCGGAGCGCAUGCAGGUGGACGAUGCCAGCAGCUGUGAGGGCAGGUCCUCCAGCGCCGGGGAGGGAAGCUGUUUGUCCGACCAGCCGAGAGACGAGGGCCCGGGGACGCCCCUGAGGGGCAGCGUCAUCACCAGCGCUCGAGAGCUGCACACGGGCCCCGAAGACGGGGGACAAGUGGUGGGGAGCGYUCUGGACAGUUUCCCUGGGAUCGCUGACAAACACCUGGCCUCCAUUUACUCUGUGGGCUCCAAACACACAGCCGAGGGCCUGCCGGUGUCCGUUUCAGUGGCCCCGUCUCUGGCCGUGCCGCUGGAUCCAAGGGCUUAUAGCGGCCUGCUGCACCAAGGUCUGCUCCAUAGGGAGCUCCUGAGCCGGCUGGGCCAGUUUGCAGCAGGGAUGAGGCACGAGAGCCAGACUCAAGGCCARCAGUGUUGUGGUGAAUGUGGCCUUCAGCUUCACAGCAGGCAGGCCGUAGAGCAGCACAGGAGGCUGCAUAAUGAGGAGAAGGGCAACAGCUGUGAAUACUGUGGCAGACACUUCCAGGACAGCAUGCGGCUCAGGAUGCACAUGCUGUCGCACACAGCUCCUGCAGAGGCACUGGUGUGCGAUCAGUGUGGAGCCACGUUCUCCUCCGAGGAAGCUCUGGAAGCCCACAGGCAAACACACACAGGGACUGACAUGGCGGUGUUCUGUCUGCUGUGUGCAAAGCGCUUCCAGACCCAGAAGGCCCUGCAGCAGCACAUGGAGGUCCACGCAGGGAUGCACAGCUACAUCUGCAGCCACUGCGAGCGCCCCUUCCCCAGCCACACGACCCUCAAAAGACACUUGCGCUCGCACACGGGCGAUCACCCGUUUGAGUGCGAGUUCUGCGGGAGCUGCUUCAGAGACGACGGCACRCUGAGGGGCCAUAAACGCAUCCACACGGGGGAGAAGCCCUACGAGUGCAAUGGCUGUGGGAAGAGGUUCAGUCUGAAGCACCAGCUGGAGACGCACUAUCGUGUUCACACAGGUGAGAAGCCAUUUGAGUGUAAGCUGUGCCACCAACGGUCCAGAGACUACUCGGCCAUGAUCAAGCACCUGCGCACACACAACGGCGCGUCGCCGUACCAGUGCACCAUCUGCCAGGACUUCUGCCCGAGCCUGGCUGCCAUGCAGAAGCACAUGAAGGGCCACAAACCCGAGGAGGUGCCGGCCGACUGGAGGAUAGAAAAAACUUACUUGUAUGUCUGUUACGUCUGAGCAGGACUUGGACCCACAGUCUGACGCACACACACACACACAUACACACACACACACAUAGACACACACACACACACACACACACUGUCAAUACUGGGUGAAAACUUGUGUUGCUGGUUUUAAUGCUGAAGGAAAACACGUUUCUUUAGGGAUAUAUAAAAAUAUAUUUGUCUCUACCAGAGAAAAAGGUUUCUACCUGAUGAUGAGACGUGCAAAUACAAAUGUGUUUACAUUCUAGGGCUGCAACUAAUGAUUAGUGUUAUUAUCAGUCCCUGUGAAAAUUCUUCUAAAGUCGACACAAGUUGGCAGUAAGAUGACAUCCUAAAAUAAAAAUAUCAGCCUGUCAAAUCCAAAGAUAUUUAGUUGGCAGAAAAAAACCCCUCAAAUUCUGACAUUUUGAGCAGCAGAACACAGCAAAUAUUUAAGGUAUUUUUUUUUAUUUAAUUUAAAAAAAUACAGUUUUCUGAUGUACCUAAUUAAGCUGUCCUGCACACAAGCUCUGUUUGUUUACAGAGUUUUGAUCACUGUAUCUGUAGAGGAUCCACUGUGGUGAGAAAUCAAUGCCAUCAACGUCUUUGCCUUCACGUGUAGCAGGAGCAUUUUGACCGACUGCUAAAACAAUCAGGGUCAUCGUCUACGAUUGUGCGGCAGGUGUUAAAAAUAAUUCCACAAAGGCUUGAUUGGCUGAAGUUUCCCCUCCUAAUAUCCUGUGACUUCUUAGUUGUUGUUUUUUUUUUGUUUUCCACACAGUUUUUUUUUUGGAGUUGUUUAUUUUCUGCAUGUUUUACUUGAAUGGCUGACCUCAUGAGCUUGAUCUCUUUAACUGCCUUGUCUCUCAUGCAGUCUGGUGUUUUAUUGAUCCGAGGUAGCGCACUCUCCAUUUGAGAUGCUCUUGUAAUAGGGUUUUUAUUUUUUUUUUGCUAUUUAUAAUGUUGUUCAUUUGUUACCAAAUAUGUGCUGGUUUUCAUCACACAAUGUCUCUCAUGAGAUGUUUUCUCGUAGAGCGAGUUCUAGCUCCCUCCCCUUCAUGCUUCCACAGUUUCCUUGAAAUUCACUUGAAAUUAUUCAUCCAUCAGUAGGUUUAAAUUUGUAACCAACGUCACAAUUUUCAUGGUCAAACAGUGUGGGGGGGGAAAAAGUGACAAGCCUCUACAAGGCUUUUAAGUGUAGUUUUUUAUAUCAUUGCUUAUAUAUAAAUGUUUUAAAAAAUCAGAUUCAGAAUUUUCUAGUAGAAAAUGAAACAUGAAAAAGACAUUUUUUUAAAAUAAAAGGAAAAGAAAAUUCUGACAUUGGAUUCCUCUGAUCAGGUUAUUGUCAGUUGUAGUGUAGCUGUAACGUACAAACUGUCAUGGUGAUUCCCUUAUGUGAGCCUGAAAUGGGCCUUAUAGAGUUAAACAUGUUGUAUUUUUGUAUUACUGUCAUUUGCGAUCUGUUUACAUUUGCUAUAAUUUGACAAAACAUCCUAAUGUGUGUGUUUUAUAUGAUUUGAUUAAGACCCCUCCCUUGUGCCUCUUUUGUAGGUAGAGCAUUGAUGUGCUUGGGGUCUGUGCUGUUGGUAGUGUGUUUUUUGAGUGUUUGUUUAUUGUUAAAUAAAAAAAUAGACUGCCAUGUAGAUCCACUUUGUCUGAACAUUGCAACAGGAAGCAACAUACUGUGAUAGUGGCUGAUAAUCUGAUGCAAGUUCCGAGCAAUUUUGAUGUUAAGAAAAAAAAAAGGUACAUGCUUUUCUGAAAUUGUUUCCCUCAAAGUGACAACGGACUGACAUCUCUGGAUGAAAACUGUGUGUAUAGCACAUCUUGGCAUCUGUGGGCAUCACAAAUGCCUUCAAACAGUAGCCAACAACACUCAGUGCCAUAAAGCAACCACACACAUUCACUGUACCUACUCUACAUGAACAUGCACUAGAAAUGACUUUCCUUGGAGGACCAAAAGAAACAAGAGCACUUUUGUUUGAAAAGGGUUUGUUUUUUCUUUUAUCUUUGUAUGUUGUGAUAAUGCAGCUGUCUUAUUUGAUGUGUCCUAGAAGGAUGUGAUUAGCAUUGUUUAGAUUAUGUCACUGUCUGUCUACCUCAGGACCAGAUCAAAGCUCGACCUGGCAUCCAAUCAGGGUUGUUCUUCUUGCCAUGUGUGCAGUAAUGUCCCUCUUCAUUACAGCUUUGUAACACGGUGUGUGAAAGUGUUUUCUCAGUGUGGAUUCAGGCACAACUCUGUAUGCGUCAGUGUUCAGUGGCAUGGUUCAAAAAAGAAUAAAACCAUUUACUAUUUUAUGCA